UUUAAGUAAUAUCGUGUAAAAGAAACCAAAGUCAAGUAAGACUGUGGCUAUUGGUAUUCAUGGUAAAGUCGUUGGCCCUCGUUGACUUUCUAAGAGGCAGGUCAUUAACUAUCCGUCAAAGUGUCGUGUAAAUAAUUCUACGUACAGAAAACGGUUUAUUUAUCAGUCCUACGAUUUUACAAUAUCCACUUAGGCCGUAAAAUACUCAUAUGUCUUCCUAUUUUUUUACAUUAAUGCCUAUUCGUAUAUUAUUUUCAGCCAUAAAGCAAGGUUUUUAUGUACAUCGUAAUAUUAGAAAUCAUCUUGUGGUGGAAUUUGAACGUUUCUUCUAGCAUGAUGAACAUCAUUCUCCUUUCUCACAUAAACUUACGCUUACGUAUUUAUUUCGAUAAUAAUGAUUUUAUAAUUGUAGCAUACUAAUUUCGUAACGUUACGUGUAAGAAUGAUAAAUAGAAUAAUCGUAGAAAGAUCGAAAGUAUAAAGCGUUCAUCAAAUUAAUCAUUAAAAAAAAUAUGAACAUUUUAAACCUGCUAAUAAUCCUUUUACUUUAUCUUUCAAGGAAUAUAAAAAAAUCUACAAAAUCCAAUCCUUCAAAAAGAACGACACUGACUGGAAAUGUGAAAUCUAAUAGCCCUAAACUAUCUCCUUUAAAAGUUCCACGAGAUGCAGCAGUACAUUUUGGAAAUUUUUAUGGAAUUACAGAAAAUACAAUUAGAAAAACUAAUAACGGAGAUCAUGGUGUUAAAAAUGUUGAUUUAAAAGCAUCGACAAAAUCAGAAUUUACGAGACAAAUGUUUCAUAAAUUAGAAAGGUCAGCCGGUACUGAGGAAUACGCAAGACAAGUUUCUGCUCUUUUAGAAGAGACGGUUGAGCCAGCAAAUUUCCGAGUGAACCCACUACCAUCCGAAAAUUCUAUCCCCGAUGGAAGACAAAACCCCACGGGAUAUCCGCUUUGGUACAAGGACCCUUACAAAAUGCCAAUCACAGCAAAAAGAGAGUAUCAGCUUCUUAAAGAAAAAUAUGCCAAAAUGAGUAUAAAUUCAAAUGUACAAUCAGAAAAUUACAAAGAAGAAUUUUCAACUUCCGAGGAUGAAAUUGACGUCAAUUUCGAAAUAACAGAAGAAGAUAAAAGAAAUACGGCUGAAUCUUUAACGAAUCGAUCAUUCAAUCAUUCGUCUAUCGACGAGAAUUCCACCAAAAGUUCUGUUUCGUAUGACGAAAAUGAUGACGAAAACCAUUCGACGAUAUUAUUAUCGGAUGAAGAGGACGAGAACGAGAACGAAGAUAAAGAUUACGAAAACGUUGAUACUGCGCUUUCCGUUCGAUGAUUCGAUUCUUAAUUAUUUCAAAUCUAAACAUUAAUUUGAUCGCAAAUCACGUCCGUAAUAUCCUAUCGUAAAUUAAAAAUCUCGUAAGAACGUGAUAAAUCAUCGAAUUGAUCACAGUUUCGUUCCUACAAUCCAAUGUAAACCUAAUUGCUCCGAUGAAUUGUUUUCUCAUUCGGAAUCUUGAAAACUGAAAUUUUAUAAUAUACUAUAAUAGAAUUGUUUUAAUU